UCACGUUGUAAUACUGCACUGUUGUCAAGACAACAAGUAAACUGUAGCCUGUGAAACAAAUGGCGGAGCUGUUGAAAAUACAAAGUAAAGUUGACAAUUUCAAAAAGGAAUACUUCUUCAGAAACAGCCAAGCUGAGGAGAACAGACAAAGGGAAAACCAGGCCUCCACCCGGAUUCAGAGCUGGUUCAGAGCUUGCAAGGUGCGGGCUUACCUCAGUCAUCUGCACAAGAAGGCAAUCAUUAUACAGAAGAUAUGGCGGGGCUUCACAGCAAGGGCACGUUUCCGACAAAUGGUGAAGGCGGCAUAUUUUAUCAUGAAGAUGAAUUUCUACGAGGAGAUGGCGGUCAGGAUCCAGCGGAGAUGGCGAGGAUUCUUUGUACGGAAGUAUGUUCAUAACUUCUACGCACGCAAGAGGUAUCUGGAAGGACUGUCCUGGAAAAAUGAGCUUGUCAGGAUGGAGCUGGCAGAAAUUGAGGAGCUCCGGCGGAGAGAGAGAGACUGUCUUGAUGUUGUGAAGGAGCAGACCGCCAAGGUCUACCAAGCCCACAGGUUCCACCACCUCCUCAGCACGAGUCAGUGCCCUGGGGUUUUCAACUCUCCAUUUAGGACCUCUCCCCAUGAGAUGGAACUGCUGCUGAGGCAGGUCAAGUACCAGACCCCCACCAGGCCGCCCCACAGGGAAAGGACUCGUCCCUUGGGUGUGCCUGACCCAACAGCCUCAAGUUUCCGUGGGACUCCUCGAUCCCCAUGGAUCGACAACACUGGAACUUACUGCUCCUCCAGGCCUACUCUGCCCCCCAUUGCCAUCAAGAAACAGCAGCCAGGGGCGGUGUGGGAGCAGCGCGUGCAUUGCCCUGACCUGAGGCUGCGUCUGCAGACCUCCUACACACACCUGGAGGAGGCCCAGAAUCAGCUUCGACAACGCCUGUCAUUCACAAUCCCCACUGGCACAUUAGGAGCAGGAAGUAUACUCCACCGUCUGAGCCACAGCAGAAACUCCUCUAUUCAGUCAAUCGACUCAAAGAGCUUCAGAUAGUGGAUUUACACGCUAACCCUGAGAGGAGCCGCUCAAGACAUUGUUCGCCACCUAGGUCUUUGAUAAGUCUGCUCCUCUGUUCUCCAAGGCCGGCAGCAUCGGGUGAAACACCUCCUUCUGGCUUCAGAAAACAAGAGAACUACAAAUAAAGAUUUGUAAUAAAAAAUGUAAGACCAUCAAUGACCUUUUUCUGGUUGAGACGACUUCCCAUGUCACCUCCUCGGGCUGCGCCCUGAGGCAGGACUCCGUCACACCCUCGACUGUUUUGAUCGUGAAGUAUAAAGCGAGUGCAUCCAUCACUUUUUUGCUCUCUGGCACAGACACGUGGCACAAAAGUUUCCGUCAUUUAAUCUACUUGUUAAUCCUCUUAAACACAAACUCUUGUCUUGCUAUCUGCUUGUUUCCUCGCUUCUCCCCGUGUCCUCCGUGUUGCUGGCGUUCCCCCGGGCCUGCGCUGUAAGGCGUGGAAUGGGAGCAGAGACAGAGCAUUUAGUAAUGGCUUCUUAAUGGGCUUGUCGACAGCCACAUUAGAGCGCACAGGCAGCGGGCGAGGCCGAGCAGCGAUAUGCCAAGCCAGAUGCCAUGCCAGCUGUGGCACUCCACUCUCUCACUUACGCUCUCAUUUGUAAUCACAUUUCUCAUACGGAUGGACGCCAUGUGCGUAAAGAAGAAGGAAAAAAAAAAAAUGCAGACGGGGAGGCUCGUCCCCUCCCAAUUCUCAUUUCAUCUGCUCCGUUGUUGGGAACCGAUGACAUCAAUAGGGAUGUCGUGGUGUGAAAAAGGAAAAGGAAAUUUUGUGGUCUGUGGAAGCAACUUGAAGGAAAACUGGGGGUUAUCCGAGAAGGUUAUAACUGUGCUAACACUAGAAAACCAUCAAACCCACUCAAUAGCAGUAGGAGGGAGCGAGAAAAACUUAUUUGGCAUGGCAGAAACAACUUCACCGUUAUGUUAUUUCCAAGACAAUUGGCUCUGCAUGUGUUCAUAUUUAUAUAUAUAUAUAUAUAUAUAUAUAUAUUUGUUUCGCAUGCAACCCUGAGCUCUAAAUCCCAGCUGCUAUACCGCUGCCUGCUUUGAUGAAUGCGACUCCCUCUACCUCCUGAGCCUCCCUCUGUAUGAGCAUUCAGUUGCAUUUGAAUGUGUGUUAA